CCAUGGUUUUUUCAAGUUAAGGACUUCAAACAUUGCAAUUCCCAAGCUAAGGACAUUUUUACCCGACUAUAAAUACCUUCCAUUUCCUCCAACCAGAUGCAUCCAUUCCUCCUUGAAUUCUUCUUCCAUUCUCCUUUCUUAUUACUACUUUCGAUUGUUCUUAACGUUGUCAUUGUCAAAGUCCGGUUUCCGAAAUGACGAUCCUCAUUGAGCAACAACCCGACCUAGUUUUUCCAAUUGAAGGGAAGACAAUCCCACAUGAGACUAAUGAGCUUAUACUCGACGGAGGUUUUGUUAUGCCCAAACAAACACCUAAUGGAGGAUUUGAAGCUCCAGAAAUCAAUGCAUUCGGUAACGAUUUCAGAAACUACAAUGCAGAAACUGAGAGACAAAAGUCCGUGGAGGAAUUCUACCGCUUACAGCACAUUAACCAGACAUACGACUUUGUGAAGAGGAUGAGGGAAGAGUACAAGAAAUUGGACAAAGCGGAAAUGAGCAUAUGGGAAUGUUGUGUGCUUUUGAAUGAAGUUGUGGACGAUAGUGACCCUGAUUUGGAUGAACCCCAAAUCGAGCAUUUGUUACAAACUGCCGAAGCUAUCCGAAAGGAUUAUCCCAAUGAAGAUUGGCUUCAUUUGACCGCCCUCAUUCACGAUCUUGGGAAAGUUCUCUGUCUUCCUGCCUUUGGUGGGCUACCUCAGUGGGCCGUUGUGGGAGACACAUUUCCGUUGGGUUGUGCUUUUGAUGAAUCCAUUGUCCACCACAAGUAUUUCAAGCAAAAUCCAGAUAUUAAGAACCCGGCCUACAGUACCAAGAAUGGGGUUUAUGAAGAAGGAUGUGGGCUUGAGAAUGUUGUCAUGUCAUGGGGCCAUGAUGAUUACAUGUAUUUGGUGGCUAAGGAAAAUGGAACUACAUUGCCGCCUGCUGCUCUUUUUGUCAUCCGUUACCAUUCUUUUUACCGUAAGCACUAUACAUUUAUUACUUUUUUUGUUUGUUCUUUAUCUUAUUUAUAUUCGGAGAUAUCAUACUUAAUCGGUUAUGAAUUUGACGGUAAUUUUAUUUGUUACAGCAUUACAUAGAGAAGGAAAAUAUACCCAUCUAAUGAACGAGGAGGAUCGCGAGUGCUUCAAGUGGCUACAAAUAUUCAAGUAAUUAACAAUCUUUAAGUCUUGAUUGAUGUUUCUUCUAUUUACUCACAUUAAACACCAGGCUCAAUAUUUUUUUUCCAAAACAAUCAUUUGCAGCAAAUAUGACCUUUAUAGCAAAAGCAAGGUUCGAGUUGAUGUAGAAAAGGUGAAGCCAUACUAUCUGUCCCUUAUUGAAAAGGUGAGAAUUCAUUUUUCUUAGUGUAAUAUAUCCUUUCCUUUUUCCUGAUGAUUUUUAUUUCUCUUUUGGUUUUGGGUGAAAUUGAGAAACUCUCGGUUUUUAUGCAGUACUUUCCAGCAAAAUUGAGAUGGUGAAUAGGUAAAGAGAGAAGCAAUCAUGGGAUGAUAUCAGAGAUUUCGGGAAAAGGUUUCCUUGAUUUCUGAAUAUUUUGGCUGUAAAGGAAAUGUACAAAUGCCUUAUUUCCAAUGUUCAUCCAUUUUUUUUCUGAAGAAAUUAUAUUGUAAUACCAGUUGGAAUGUAGUUCCAAAAUUUAUGUACGUACUCCAUCGGUGCAAUUCACCAUAAAUGAAUAAUAUUUCUUAAAUUUUUUUUAAGAUCUUGAACUGA